UUAGACGGCAAGUUGGACUGAAUUGACCUUGAAUAAGGGGUCAUAUGAUCCCGUGUUAAGGUCUUUCUUCAUUCUUCAACCAACCCCUUCUUUCCGCACGCGCCAUUCACCGGCCACCGUCCACGACGGAGCGCCGUUCAUCGCUCAAUAUUCUCCGAAAGGUGGGUGCUUCUUCUCAGAUUUUGGCUGCCAUCCAUGGAUAAAGUCUUCAACAAGCUCCGCAAUUUGGACGCUUACCCAAAAGUCAAUGAAGAUUUUUACAACCGCACGCUCGCCGGCGGCCUCAUCACCGUCGUUUCCGCCGCCGUCAUGCUCUUCCUUUUCUUUUCCGAGCUAAGUUUAUACCUCUACACAGUUACGGAGAGUAAGCUUUUGGUGGAUACUUCAAGAGGAGAUACCUUGCAUAUCAAUUUUGAUGUCACUUUUCCUUCUGUUCGAUGUUCAAUACUCAGCUUAGAUGCAAUGGAUAUUAGUGGCGAGCAACAUCUUGACAUACGACAUAAUAUAGUGAAGAAACGAAUUGAUGCUAAUGGUAAUGUUGUAGAGGAAAGGAAGGAUGGAAUUGGUGCGCCAAAGAUUGAGAGACCCUUGCAGAAACAUGGUGGCAGACUUGGACACGAUGAAAAGUAUUGUGGUUCAUGUUUUGGUGCAGAAGAGUCAGAUGAACACUGUUGUAAUUCUUGUGAAGAAGUGCGUGAAGCAUAUAGGAAAAAGGGCUGGGCACUGACAAAUAUGGAUUUGAUCGAUCAGUGUCAAAGAGAGGGUUAUGUGCAAAGGGUAAAGGAUGAAGAAGGUGAAGGAUGCAAUAUUCAAGGAUCUCUUGAAGUUAACAAAGUAGCAGGAAAUUUUCAUUUUGCAACUGGGAAAAGCUUUCUUCAGUCUGCUAUAUUUCUUGCUGACCUGCUUGCUUUACAGGAUAAUCAUUAUAAUAUAAGCCAUCGGAUCAACAAAUUAAGUUUCGGUCAUGAUUUCCCUGGAUUGGUUAAUCCUCUUGAUGGGGUAAAGUGGGUGCAAGGACCAACUCAUGGCAUGUACCAGUAUUUCAUAAAGGUGGUCCCUACAAUAUACACAGACAUUAGAGGUCGUGUUAUCCAUUCAAAUCAGUAUUCUGUGACUGAGCAUUUCAAGAGUUCAGAGCUGGGUGCUGCAGUUCCUGGAGUUUUCUUCUUUUAUGACAUCUCUCCAAUCAAGGUUAACUUCAAAGAGGAACAUAUUCCAUUUUUACAUUUUCUGACCAAUAUUUGUGCAAUUAUUGGAGGUGUAUUUACCGUUGCUGGAAUUAUAGAUUCAUCUAUAUAUUAUGGUCAGAGAACAAUCAAGAAGAAGAUGGAGCUUGGCAAAUAUAGAUGAUGUGGUCACAUCCUACACACGUGGGCUAGUAUCCUAAUCUAGUCUCUGCUUUUGACGUACAUGAUUAACUUGAGUAUCAUUUAUAAUGUGACCGCAUAUGCACAUGAUGCCAAGGGUAAACAGCGUCGUAGAUUCAGUUGAUGCAUGGAGUGUAUUUUUUGAACAUGAUUUUUCCUUUCAUGUGUAGCAAUUCCAAUUUAGUUCCUACUUUAGGGGCUUUUAAUGUACGGAUGAAGAUGAGGAAUGCAAAGAGUUGGGAAAAUGGAUAUUUUUUGCUGCAUAAUACAUGGCAUCACAUGAUUGAUUAUGCAUAACAUAAUGUUCUUGUAUUUCUGUCCCCUAUGCUGUAAUCUGGCUAAGAAUCUGAAGCUGUUUAAGUUGGGAUUUAAAUGUUUUGUCGCGUUUACUAUCUACUUAGUUAAUGAUUACAAUUCAAGGGCAGCAAUGUUAUUUGAUAUGAAUGAGAAAUGUUUCAAAAGUUUUGUUUAA